AUGGCACUGGCGAUUCUGCAGGACUGGUGUGGGUGGAUGGGUGUCAAUGCCCAGCGCUCACUGCUUAUCCUGGGCAUCCCCGAUGACUGUGGUGAAGAAGAAUUUCAGGAGGCAGUGCAGGCUGCCCUCAGGCCCCUGGGCAGGUACCGAGUGCUUGGCAAAGUCUUCAGAAAGGAGAUUGGGGCAAAGGUCGCUUUGGUUGAAUUCGCUGACAAUUUAAACCAAAGUUUGAUCCCCCAACAAAUACCAAAUAAUAGGGGGUUGAGUGUGAUCUUCCUUCCUCCAGUCCCUGAAGUCGAGUCACAGGAUACAUUCAGUUUCCCUGCACAGGCUCAUGGGCAAGCUUUGGAAGGGGCUUCAGGUAUGGGUUGGGUGGGAGCUGCAGGUGAGGUGGGAGCUGCAGGAGAGGGAGGAGUUUUAGAGGCAGGGGCAGGUGAAGAGGGGUCUGCAGGGGAUGAGGAGUCUGGGAGCGAUGAGGGGUCUGCAGGGGAUGAAGGAUCUGUGGAUGGUGGAGGAGCUGUGGGUGAAGCAGGAGCUAUAGGUGAGGAUGAGGCAGGAGCUGCAGGUGAGGCAAGAAUGUCAGAUGAGGAGGGAGCUGCAGGGGACAUGGGAGUUGCAGGGAUCAUAGGAGCUGUAGGAUUGGCAGGAGCUGCAGGUGAGGCAGGAGGUUCAGGUGAGGAAGGGGCCUUUGAUGUGGCAGGAGGGGCACAUGGGGCUGGAACCUGGACCCGAGAGUGGAGCCAAGCCCUGCAACCCAUUCUGGAAAACAUGGCCUACCAGGAGCUGAGACACUUCACUGGGAUGGAAGAACCUGGCUGUGGGGGUCAGUCUUUUGAGAGCUGGCUGGACCAUGCCAAUGACAUGCUCUACCUGUGGCGUCACAUAUCCGAGAGAGAGAGGAGGCGGCGGCUGGUGGAGAGUUUGGGGGGCCCUGCCCUGGAUCUCCUGUGUGAGCUUCUGGAAGAGCAUCCAGACACCCCUGCUCAGGACUGCCUCGCUGCACUGGUGCAGGUGUUUGGCAACAAGGAUACCGUGAUGACAGCACGACUCAAGUUCCUGACUUGCUCCCAGCGGCCUCAGGAGACCCUGUUUGCCUAUGUGAUGCGCCUGGAAGGUCUGCUGCAGAUGGCCAUGGAGAAGGGGGCCAUCCAGCCUGCAAUGGUGGAUCAGGCAAGGGCCCGGCAGGUGCUGAUGCGGGCCAGGCCCAACCAGAUGCUACAGAACAACCUGAGGAGGAUGCGGCUGGAGAGGCGGCCACCUGGCUUUGUGGGGUUGCUGAGGCUUGUUCGGGAGACUGAGGCACGGGAGGCAGCUCUGGCUGAAAAUGCAGAGGCCCAGGAGGGGGAAGGAGUGGAAGUGCAUGGUGGUGAGCUGGAUGUCCAGGCUGCCCUUGCCAGUGUUGGGGUUGCUGAACCUGCCCCUGCCAUUAGCGAGGUCCUCCCAACCAGUGAAGAUGCUGGCCAGGCUGCUGCUGCUGCUGCUGCUGUUCAGCAAGCUGCUGGGGCUGCUCCUGAUGGUGAUAGUGCCACAAAGGCAGACCCUGAUUCUGGUGAAGCCAAGGCCUUCCCUGUCACCCAGAGAGAUGAUAAUGCGUCAGCCCCUGCUGGCUCAGGCCAGGCAGGGCCCACUGAGGGCCCAAGUGUGCUUGAGAGUGUGGCCCAUGAAGGAGAGCAAGAAGCAGAGCAGCCUGUAACAGAGGGGCUGAAGGAAGAGUCAGAAAAUGAGGAUGGGGCAUGGGAGUCUAGUCACCCCAAGUCCUUCCUUGGCAAAUAG